AUGCCAUCCGUACCGAUCGUGAUCAAGCAUUCCGGCCAGAAGUACAAUGUUGAAGUCGACCUCGAAUCCAACGGAGAGACCUUGAAGUAUCAGCUCUACAGCUUGACCGGCGUCGAGCCUGCACGUCAGAAGGUGCUAGUAAAGGGUGGACCGUUGAAGGAUGACGCCGACAUGAGCAAGCUCGGCUUCAAGUCCGGCCAGACCAUCAUGAUGAUGGGCACGCCGGGCGAGGGCCCUCACGUUCUGGAGCGUCCCAAGCAGCCUGUCAAGUUCGCCGAGGACAUGACUGACGCCGAGCUCGCCCAACAAGAGGGCGCCACGCCCGCUGGGCUUCAGAACCUUGGCAAUACUUGCUAUCUCAACUCCACCCUCCAGACACUGCGAGCCAUUCCCGAACUGCAGAAUGCCCUCGUCAAGUAUGAGCCCGCCCCAGCAAACUCACUCACUGGUGAACUCCCCCAGCUGGACCUGACGAGACAGCUCCGCGAUCUUUGGAAGUACAUGAAUGAGACACAGGAGGCCGUCGUUCCCCAUGCAUUCCUCAGCGCUCUACGAACUGCCUACCCGCAAUUCGCCGAGCGCUCUAGGACUGGGGCAGGAUUUGCGCAGCAGGAUGCCGAAGAAGCUUGGACCCAGAUCAUAAGUUCAGCCCGGUCCAAGCUUAAGCUGUCCGAGCCUUCAGCGUCUGAAGCAUCCUUCAUUGACAGGUACAUGUCGGGACAGUUCUCCAGCAAGCUCGAAUGUGAUGAUCCCGCCGCCAAGGAGGCUGGCGAGGAACCAGUUCGGACCAAGGACUCAUUCCUCAAGCUCAACUGCCACAUUGACAGCAACACAAAUCAUCUUUCAGACGGUAUCAGGAAUGGAUUGGUUGAGAAGAUUGAGAAGAAGUCUGAGGCUCUAGGAAGAGAAGCUUCGUAUACUAGAACGUCGGAGAUCUCGCGGUUGCCAAAGUACUUGACAGUGCACUUUGUCCGUUUCUUCUGGAAGCGCGAGACCCAGAAGAAGGCCAAGAUUAUGCGCAAGGUUACUUUCCCCCACGAGCUUGAUGUCGUCGAGUUCUGCGAGGAGCCUCUGAGGAAGAUGAUUGUCCCAGUCAGAGACAAGGUGCGCGAGAUUCGCAAGGACGAGGAGGAUAUCGAGCGCUCCCGCAAGCGCCGCAAGAAGAACAACGGCGAGCCCGCUCUCGAGGAUAUCCCAGGCGGCAUGGGCGCCAAGCUCGACAAGAAGGAUGCUCAAGUUGAUAAGAAGGACGAGAAGAAGACCUCGGGAGAUGGUGAUGUUGAGAUGACGGAGAAUUUCAAGACAGACGCCGAGGUCGAUGCUGAAAAGGACGCUGCUCUACUCGCAGCCAAGAAGGAGUUGAAUGCCCUGAUUCAUCCUGACCUGGCAAAGGAUGACGGAGCCAACCAGUCUGGCCUCUACGAGCUCCGCGGCGUCGUCACUCACCAGGGUGCCAGCGCAGACAGUGGUCACUACACAGCCUAUGUCAAGAAGCAGGGUUCGGUCGACCCCAAGACGGGCAAGAAGAAGGAGGAGGACGGCAAUUGGUGGUGGUUCAAUGAUGACAAGGUCUCCGAGGUCACGCCCGACAAGAUUGAAGCUCUUGCUGGUGGUGGCGAGUCGCACUCGGCUUUGAUUCUUCUGUACAAGGCGAUCCCGCUCCCUACUGCUGAAGGCGUUGUCGAGUAA